AUGUCCAAGCUUGCCCUCAUCCCCGUCGCUGCUGCGCUCUUCGCCGCCGCCGCCAACGCCCAGUCUGCCCCCAACUGGAACCUCAUCCCCAAGGCCUGCGCGUCCGACUGUGCCCAGACCAUCGAGGUCUCGUACCUCUGCGAGAACCAGUACUCGUCCGGCACCGCCGUCUACGGCUGCUUCUGUGAGGCCUUCCCCUCGGACGCUUCCGCCUGUGCCACCUGCCUCAACUCGAACAACGCCGCGGCUCUCGCUACCCUCCUUACCGGCACCGUGACCGACUGCCCUACCCAGGUCAAGUCGUGCGCCUUUGCCUGUGCCUUUGAGACCUGCGAGUCGACCGACGUUGCCUGCCAGUGUGACGCCACCUACCUCGAGAACAUUUACAACUGUGCCUCGUGCAACACCGCCAACGGCAACUCGGGCACCGUGAUCGCCGACUUCACUUCGCUCAACGCCUCGUGCGGUGCCCAGAACUACACCGGUGCCGCCCAGGCCUUCAGCACCUACAUCCAGUCGCCCUCGACCGCCGGCUACGUCGCCCCCACCCUCACCGCCACUGGCGGUGGUGACGCCGCCUCGGGCUCGUUCUCCGCUGCCACCGACAAGGUCGCCGCCACCGUCGCUGCCGGCGCCUCGUCCGCCGCCGUCUCGGCCGCCACCACCUCGGCUGGUGCCGCCGCCGCAUCGGGCUCCUCGGUUGCUACCGGCUCGGCUGCUGGCUCCGCCGCCGGCUCGGCCUCGGCCGCUGCCUCGACCUCGGCCAAGGCUUCGUCGGCACGUGUCCUCGCCGUCCCCGCCGGCGUUGCCGGCCUCGUCGCUGCCGUCGCUGCCCUCCUCUAA